GGGCCAAAGAAAUUCACAGGAAGAUGUCGGUUGUUCGUGGGAAAUAUGCCACUUGAUUUUACAGAGGAUGAUUUUAAAGCACUCUUCACACCUUAUGGAGAAUCAUCAGAGGCUUACGUAAAUGGACAACGUGGAUUUGGCUUCAUCAGAAUGGAUUACCGUCACAAUGCUGAAGCUGCUAAAGUUGGACUGGAUGGAACCACCAAGAAGGGCAGAACAUUGAGAGUACGAUUUGCCACACAUGGUGCUGCUCUAAGAGUGAAAAAUCUCCACCCAACUGUCUCUAAUGAUCUUCUAGAGCAAGGGUUCUCCCAGUUUGGGGAAUUAGAAAGAGCAAUUGUCAUUGUUGAUGAUAGGGGUAAAUCCACAGGAGAGGGCAUUGUUGAGUUUGUCAGAAAACCAGGGGCACAACAAGCCCUUCGGCGUUUAAAUGAAGGUGUUUUCUUGCUUGGAGCUUCCCCAAGGCCAGUAAUUGUUGAACCAUUAGAGCAAAAGGAUGAUGAGGAUGGUAUGCCAGAGAAAUUCAUGAAUAAGAAUGAUCCUUUAUACAAAAAGGAAAGAGAACAAGAACCAAGAUUUGCUCAGCCAGGAACAUUUGAUUAUGAUAUGGGUAUGAGAUGGAAGCAAUUGGUGGUGUUAGAAAAAGAGAAGCUAGAUAGAGUGAAGAAAGAGAUGGAAGAGGCUCAGUUAAAACUUGAAGAUGAAAUGCAGAGCGCUUUAUAUGAUUAUGAAGCUGAGAGAAUCCGACAAGAUUUGUUAAGACAACAAGAAGAAUUGAGAAGACUUGAAGAAAGAAAACAGCAAGAUCAGAUGAGACGUAGACAGGAAAUGGAAAUGAGACAAGAGGAGGAAAGAAGAAGACAGGAUAUGAUGAUGAGACAACAGAACAUG